AUGGAAACCUUGAAGGCCUUCGUCUUUGAGCACAGCGCGCUGCAGCGCGGCACCGCCCGCUUCUUUAACCAGGAGCUGUUCAGCGAUGUAGUGCUGGUCGCGCCCGGCGGACGCCGCAUGAAAUGCCACCGCGUGCUUCUCGCGGCCUGCAGCCAACCACUCGCGGCCGCGCUCUCCGCCGUCGCCGCCGCCGCCGGCGACGAGCUCCCAAUCACCGGCGUCGACCCUGACGCGCUCGAGUCCGUGAUCCGCUACUUGUACGACGGCCGGCUCAUGCUGACGCCAGCCAACGCGGCGCCCGUCCUCGACGCCGCCGCGCGGCUGCGCGUCGGGGCGCUCGCCGACGCCGCGCGCGGCUACCUGCGGCGCGCGCUGGGGCCCGGCACCGCGGCGGCGCUGCUGGGGGAGGCGCUGCGGUACGAGCUGGACGACCUGGCGGAUGAGUGCGUGGCGGCCAUACUGCGCGACUUUGAUGAGGUGGCCGCGGGCCCCGCCUUCCUCUUCGCCCCCGCCCCCGUCGCCGCGCGCGUGCUCCGCGCGGCGCGCGCCGCGGGGCCGCGCGGCGGGCGGCGCCUGCUCGCCGCCGCGUGGCGCUGGGUCACCGCCGACGUGGCGCACGUGGCGCACCUGGAGGAGCUGCUUCCUUUAGUGGCGGGGCCAGAUUUGAGCCUGGAUGACCUCGUAGAAGUGACCGGCCUGGCAGCAAAGGGCCGGGGCCCCGGCGCCGGCAGCGGCGCCACCGGCCUCCAGGCGCUCACCGCGGCGCUGCUGCAGUGCAUGGGCGGCGGUGAGGCUUCGCUAGACCCCGCCCAGGUGGCGGCGCUCGCGUCGGCCGCGGCGUCCGCGGGCGGCGGCGCGUUUGCAAGCGUCGCACCUGCUGUGCUGCAACAACUGACUGCUGCCCUAGCACUCCGUCCUCCGGUGGAUCAGUCGCAGCCGCAGCCGCCGUCGCCGAAGCCGCCGCAGCCGCAGCCGCCGUCGCCGAAGCCGCCGCAGCAGCUGCCGCUGCGGCGGCCGCCGCAGCAGCAGCAGGCCGCGUCGGACCCGCGCUCAGGCAGCCACGAGGGCGAGCACUCCGGCUGGGGCCGCGGGAGCGCUGCGGGCGACGGCGCCGCAGCGGCCGGCGCUUGGACGCCGCGGAGUGAUGGCGGCGGCGGCGGCAGCAGCAGCGGCAGCGGCACCGCGGCAGCGCCUGACCCCGCCCAGCUGGCGGCGCUCGCGUCGGCCGCGUCGCCCGCGGGCGGCGGCGCGUUCGCAAGCGUCCCACCUGCUGUGCUGCAGCACCUGACUGCUGCCCUAGCACUCCGUCCUCCGGUGGAUCAGUCGCAGCGGCCGCCGCAGCAGCAGCAGGCUGCAUCAGACCCCCGGUCCAGCAGCCGCGCGGGCGAGCGCCCGGGCUGGGGCUCCCGGCACGCGGCCGGCGACGGCGCCGCUGCGGCAGACGUUUGGACGCCGCAGAGCGACGGCGCCCGCCGCGACGGCGGCGGUGGUGGCGGCAGCGCCAGCAGCGGCAGCGGCAGGGCGGCAGCGCCUGACCCCACCCAGCUGGCGGCAUUUGUAUCGGCCGCGGCGCACGCGGGCGGCGGCGCGUUCGCAGGCGUCCCACCCGCUGUGCUGCAGCAAUUGACCGCUGCCCUGGCACUCCGUCCACCGGGUAAUCAGUCGCAGCCGCCGCCCCCACAGCUGCCGCCGCAGCGGCCGCCGCAGCUGCAGGCCGCCUCGGACCCCCGGUCCAGCAGCCGCGCGGGCGAGCGCCCUGGUUGGGGCUCCUGGCAAGCGGGCAACCAUGGCGCGGGGGCGGCUGGGGUGAGGACGCCGCGGAGCGGCGACGGCGCCAGCGGCGGCAGCGACGGCGGGGGCGAUGGCGGCGGCUGCGGCGGCGGCGGCAACGGAGGGGGCCGCGGGGCCGAUGGCGGCAGCGGCGGCGCGAGCCUGGCGUCCCAGGACGCAGGUGGCGAGGCGGGCGCUCCUCAGUCUGCUUUAAACGCCCGCUCACGGGUCGCCAGUGGCGGCGCGCCCGGCCCCAAGGGUGGCGUCAGGGGCAUCUGCCAUGUGGAUGGCUGCUACUGCAGCCUGGAAGGGUGA